AUGUGGCGACCACCUAAGGGACAGACGCCCAUAGGUGCUCUUGACUCCCGAUCGUCCCACGGUCCCUCAGCCGGAAUUCUACCAACUGUAUUGAAGAACCUGUUACACUCUGUACUACCAUCUCCGACCUACUUUGCCUCUGUUGCCACCCAAAUAUUGACCCCUAACAGUUAUCUACUGCAAACAUCUACCAGCACACCUAAUGCUUCCACUGUUAUUCCUGCAGGCUCUUGCGGGGCGCCCCUCAGGCCCCCCCUUGGGCGCCUCAGCCCCCCCACCCCAGGCGCCUCAGGCUCCCCCUCUUGUGGCGCCUCAGGCUCCCCCCCUCUUGUGGCGCCUCAGGCUCCUCUUGUGGCGCCUCAGGCUCCCCUCUUGUGGCGCCUCAGGCUCCCCCUCUUGUGGCGCCUCAGGCUCUCUUGUGGCGCCUCAGGCUCUCUUGUGGCGCCCCUCAGGGCCCCCCAGGGCGCCCUCUGUGGCCUCUGUGGCGCCUCAGGCUCCCCCCAGGGCGCCCCUCAGGCUCCCCCCCCAGGCGCCCUCACCCCCCCUCUUGUGGCGCCUCAGGCCCCCCCUGUGGCGCCUCACCCCCUCUUGUGGCGCCUCACCCCCUUGUGGCGCCACCUCUUGGAGGCGAUUCCCCUCUUGUGGCGCCUCACCCCUCUUGUGGGGUCCCAGGCUCUCUUGUGGCGCCUCAGGCUCCCCUCUGUGGCGCCUAGGCUCCUCUUGUGGCGCCUCAGCCCCCACCUGUGGCGCCCUCAGGCUCCUCUUGUGGCGCCCUCAGGCUCCCCUCUUGUGGCGCCCAGGCUCCUUGUGGCGCCUCAGGCUCCCCCCCUUGUGGCGCCUCAGGCUCCCCCUCUUGUGGCGCCUCAGGCCUCUUGUGGCGCCUCAGGCCUCCCCCCAGUGGCGCCUCAGGCUCCCCCCUUGUGGCGCCUCAGGCUCCCCCAGGGCGCCUCAGGCUCUCUUGUGGCGCCUCAGGCUCCUUGUGGCGCCUCACCUCUUGCAUGGCGCCAGGCCUCUCAGGCGCCUCUCCCCUCUUGUGGCGCCCCCACCCCUCUCAUGGCGCCUCACCCCCUCUUGUGGCGCCCAGGCCCCCUCUAG